AUGAAGAUCUCGAACUUCGCAUCCUGGGCUCUGUUGGCCGUGGCUGCUUCUGCCUCGCCAACUCCCACUGUUGAGCAGGGCCACUCACUAAACAAGAGAGCAGCCAUCACCGAUGCCUGCAACAUUGGCUACUGCACCCAGAAUGGCGGAACCAAGGGCGGUGCUGGUGGCACUACAACGACUGUGACGACUCUCGCUCAGCUUUCAGCCGCAGCAAUUGCGUCAGGUCCUGGCAUUGUCAUUGUCCAGGGCAAGAUUGUAGGCGCGGCCAAGGUUCAAGUCGGCUCUGACAAGACCAUUGUUGGGAAGAGUGGCAGCUCGCUGGAAGGCAUCGGCCUCACGAUCCUCGGACAGAAGAACGUCAUUGUCCGGAACAUGAAGAUCAGCAAGGUCGAGGCCGACUAUGGAGACGCGAUCACUAUUCAACUAUCCAAGAACGUGUGGGUCGACCACUGCGAUCUGUCGGCUUCCCGAGGAGACGUGGACAAGGAUUUCUACGAUGGACUCACUGAUCUGUCCCACGCUGCUGACUGGGUCACGGUCUCGCACACCUAUUUCCACGACCACUCUAAGGGCUCUCUUGUUGGUCACUCUGACAACAACGCUGCCGAGGACACUGGAACUCUGCAUGUAACGUACGCGAACAACCACUGGUAUAACGUCCGCAGCCGUGGACCUCUCUUGCGCUUUGGAACUGCCCAUGUCUACAAUCAAUACUACAAUGACAUGGAUACUGGUCUUAACUCCCGCAUGGGUGCUCAGGCCCUCAUUCAGAGCUCUCUUUUCGAGAACGUUGGCAAGAAGGCCAUUUUUUCGGAGUCCAGCAAGGAGGUUGGCUAUGUGGUCGCCAUCGAUGUGACCCUCACUGGUGAAAGCGCAAACACGGCGCCUGUCGGCACGCUUACCGCCAGCAGCUUCCCUUACUCGUACUCACUUCUGGGAUCUGGCAACGUCAAGGCCGCUGUCACCGCGGAGGCAGGCCAGACUCUCGGCUUCUAA